ACAGAGACCAGAGAGCAGAGGCCAGAGACCAGGAUGAAGCCUGACUGGGCUGUGUGGUGCACGCUGGUGCUGAUGCUGAUGGCCGCGGUGCUGAGCAGGACAGGAGCAGUUCCUGCCCCUCCGCCCCCCAGGAACCACCUGGGUGCCAGGGGCUGCCACAUGGACCAGUUCAAGUCUCUGUCCCCGCAAGAGAUGAAGGCCUUCAAGAGGGCCAAGGACGCCCUGGAAGAGUCCCUCCAGCUCAAGAACUGGCACUGCAGCUCCCGCUCACUCCUCAGGUCCCGGGACCUGAGGCAGCUGCAGGUGUGGGAGCGCCCUGUGGCCUUGGAGGCUGAGCUGGCCCUGACACUGAAGGUCCUGGGGACAGUGACGAACUCUACCCUGGGAGACAUCCUGGACCAGCCCCUCCACACGCUGCAGUACAUCCACUCCCAGCUUCAGGCCUGUGUCCCAGCUCAGGCCCCAGCAGGCCCCAGGGCCCGGGGCCACCUCCACCAGUGGCUGCAUCGCCUGCGGGAGGCAGAGCAGAAGGAAUCCCAGGACUGCCUUGAAGCCUUUGUCACAUCCAACCUCUUCCGCCUCCUCACCCAGGACCUGAAAUGUGUCGCUGCAGGAGACCUGUGUGCCUGACCUUGAGACCUGGCAGCCACCUAUGCCCUCAUCAUGGAUUUUAUUUAUGCAUGCUCCAGUUUUUAAUUUAUUGUCACCCAACCAGUAUUUAUAUAUUUAUAUAUUUAUGUGUGUGACUUGUCAAACUCAGACCCGACAAAAUAUUUAUUUUUUUUACUUUUGUAAAAAUUUUGCAAAUAUAAUAAA